GUGGGUGCCCCCCUAAGACGCCUUCCUCUCUCCUUUUUUAAGCGAGCCAAUUUCUUUCAUACCCAUCGAAAAACAACUACUUACCCCACAAUUCGCUAAACCCCCACGUCAAAUUCAUCUCCUCAUUCUCAAUCACCGAUUACUCAUUUAUCGUGACUCCGUGAAUUUAUUGUGACUGAAAUAUUCGCGGGGGUUGAAGAUAAAUUCGUUUUUUUUUUUUUAAAAAAGGGUAGAAACGUGUGUGAGUGAGAAAUAAAAAAACGAGAGGUAAUCAAAUUUUCGAGGGACUGUCAGUUACAAGUGUUGGAUUUUUUAAAUUACACUCUGGACCUGGAGGAUGCUUAUGCAAAACGAUGCAACCGGCUCGUCUUAAACAAUGUCUCAUCGUGAUAUCUCUGAGGUGGAGCCCGAAGGUACGUCGGCCCUGGCCGCAGGAUCGCGGGCCUUAUUUCUAGAAACAGUGAAGAAGAGCAAUGCAGCCUGUCAGAAUGGUGAUUACGCCCUGGCUGCUAAUUUAUAUACCGAGGCACUGGCCCUUGAUCCACUCAGCCAUGUACUGUACUCCAACAGAUCAGCAGCACGUCUCAAAAUGGGUCUCUUUGCUCUAGCCCUCCAGGAUGCGGUGCGAGCGACAGAACUCCUCCCCCAAUGGCCCAAGGCAUACUAUCGCCAGGGUGUGGCACUCCAGUGUCUGGGACGUCACGGAGAGGCCCUGGUUGCUUUUGCAACAGGACUGGCUCGUGAUCCCCUCAAUUCCCAACUACUCUCUGGUCUGGUGGAGGCCUCCCUGAAGUCUCCACUCCGUCCAACCCUGGAGCCGACAUUCCAGCAGUUGCGUGCCAUGAAGCUGGACGAAUCACCGUUCGUCGUCAUAUCGGUGGUGGGUCAGGAGCUACUAGGAGCUGGGCAGUACAAAGCAGCUGCAGGUGUUCUCGAAGCUGCUCUAGCCAUCGGUACGUGUAGUCUCAAGCUCCGAGGAUCGGUAUUUUCCGCGUUAUCCAGUGCAUAUUGGGCCCUCAACUCUUUGGACAAGGCUAUCAGCUACAUGCAGCAGGAUCUGGGGGUCGCCAGGUCCCUGGGGGACACCCAGGGGGAGUGCAGAGCCCACGGCAAUCUGGGCUCUGCUUACUUCAGCAAAGGAACGUAUAAAGAAGCUCUUACUGCUCAUAGGUACCAAUUGGUCCUCGCUAUGAAGUGUAAGGAUGCCCAAGCAGCUGCAUCAGCUCUGACGAGUCUUGGUCACGUUUACACAGCGAUUGGAGAUCUGCCAAAUGCCCUGGCAUCCCACAAACAGUGCGUGCAGCUCGUUAAGCAAAUGGGGGAUCGUCUUCAAGAAGCCAGAGAAAUCGGCAACGUGGGAGCUGUUUAUUUAGCAAUGGGAGAGUUCGAGAGUGCUGUGGACUGUCACACCCAGCACCUGAGGAUUGCCAGGAGGCUGGGGGACAGGGUGGAGGAGGCCAGGGCAUUCAGUAAUUUAGGAUCGUCGCAUCAUUAUCGGAGAAAUUUUUCACAAGCCAUGGCUUACCACGAGAAUGUCCUGAAGAUUGCCCAGGAGCUGGGGGACAGGGCCAUCGAGACCAGAGCAUACGCUGGACUUGGACAUGCAGCAAGAUGCGCGGGUGAUCUGCAGCAGGCAAAAUUGUGGCACCAGAGGCAACUCGAUGUUGCACUCUCGACGAAGGACAAAGUGGCUGAGGGCAGGGCCUGCAGUAAUCUGGGGAUCGUUUAUCAAUUACUCGGGGAGCACGAUGCAGCCUUGAAACUCCAUCAGGCGCAUUUGGGAAUUGCCAGGUCCCUAGGUGAUCGGGCAGGGAUGGGCAAGGCGUACGGUAAUAUCGGAAACGCGUACAACGCCAUGGGAUAUUACGAGCAGGCGAUAAAAUAUCACAAGCAGGAAUUGACGAUCUCGAAGGAAGUGAACGAUCGGAGCUCAGAGGCCUCCACCCAUGGCAACCUGGCAGUGGCCUAUCAGGCAGUCCAGGGACACGAGACAGCCCUGCGUCACUAUCGAGCGCAUCUCUCCAUAGCCCGUGAACUCAAGGAUGCAGCAGGUGAGGCAUGUGCUCUCCUGAAUCUCGCCAAUUGUUUGUCCUCUCGUGGUCGUUUCGAGGAGGCAGUCCCCUACUACGAGAACUACCUGAUGCUCUCUCAAGAGCUCCAUGACGUAGAGGGCGAGGCGAAGGCCUGUCACUUCCUGGGGUACGCCCACUACUGUCUGGGUAAUCACCGCGAGGCAGUUCGUUAUUACGACCAGGAUCUCGCCCUGGCGAAGGACCUGCAGGACAAAUCGGGAAUGGGUAGAGCCUAUUGCAAUCUGGGACUUGCACAUCUCGCCCUGGGGAAUCUCGACACAGCCCUUGAGUGCCAAAAAUAUUACCUGGCAAUAGCUCACAUGAUGAAACACCUGGCAGGAAAAUUUCGAGCCCUGGGGAACAUCGGGGACUGUCUCCUUCGUCUUGGUGAGACAGACGAGGCAAUUAAAAUGCACCAGCGACAGCUCAAUCUCGCUAGACAGUCAGUGGAUCGUUCACUGGAGGCUGCGGCGUACGGCGCCCUGGGGAUCGCCCACAGAACCACCAGGAAUCUGGAUAAAUCCCUGGGAUUUCACACCCAGGAAUUGACCCUCAGGCAGGAGUCAGGGGAUCUCAGGGGGGAGUGUCGAGCACAUGGUAACCUGGGGGCUGUUCAUAUGGAUCUGGGACAGUACACACACGCUGUCAAGUGUUAUCAGGAGCAGUUGGACAGGGCCAGAGAGCUGGGGGAUUCAGGGGUCGAGGCGCAGGCUCUCGGUAACUUGGGGAUUGCUCGACUGAAUAUGGCGCAUUACGAGGAUGCCAUCGGCUAUUUUGAACAGCAACUUGCCACUUUGGAGCCUCUGACAACUGCCACUGCUCUCAUUGAUAAAGCCAGGGCACUGGGCAAUCUGGGGGACUGUUAUGAGGCCCUUGGGGAUCCCGAUGAGGCUAUCAAGUGUCACGAGCAGCAGUUGACUGCUGCUGUUAAGUUGAGAAGCGUUAGGGAUCAGGAGAGGGCUUACAGAGGUCUUGGACGGGCUCGGGAGGCCUCGGGAAAUCUUCCGGAGGCUUUAGUCUGCUUCGAGAAACGUUUGGUCGCUGCACAUGAGGUUGAUAGCACGGAAUCAAGAGGAGCAGCUUAUGGGGAUUUGGGUCGUGUCCACGCAGCCCUGGGUAACCACGAGCAGGCAGUCAGCUGUUUGACUCAUCAACUGGCCCUGGCAAGAGGUCUCGGUGAUAAAGCAGGUGAGGCUGAGGCGGCCAGUGGCCUGGGAGCAGUUCACCUUCUCAUGAACGAUCCAACGAGUGCCCUGAGACAUCAUCAGCUGGAGCUGACAAUAGCCGAGGAACUCGAUGCUGCAGGACUUCAAGCUCGAGCUUGCGCCAAUCUAGGAGUUACUGAGGAAGCUUUAGGGCAGAUGGACGAGGCCAUCAGACUGCAGGAGCAGUCCCUGAGUCUGGCAGCAGCUGCUGGUGAUCAGGGGGCACGAGCAGCUGCAUUCUCAUCCCUCGGGAGGCUACACCAUUUACGUGGGGAUCUCGCCAAGGCCCUCAGUUAUUUGCAAUCUGGAUUAUCAUUGUCCGAAGGUCUUGGGAGGCGCGAAGAAGUGGCGAAGCUCAGGCAUCGACUGGGACUCGUCCACUGGCAGGCUGGGGAACCAUCUGUGGCUGUUGAACAGCUGGAGAAAGCUGCCAAUCUCCUGGAAUCUCUGGACGGCAAUCAUAUCCAGGGGGGACAUACAGAUCUCUUGAAUGAGACUUAUGGUACCCUGCAGAAGGUUCUGGUGGGACUCAACAGGGCGGAGGAGGCACUCAAUUGGGCUGAGAGAUCGAGGAGAACCAAGUGUUACGAGUCCAUUAAUCAUAUCGAUGAUGCAACCCACUACUCGGAGAUUGUCGACAGGCAGAGGGGAAUUGUUUUGUAUUAUAGCGAAGUCGAGGGGGAACUGCAUGCCUGGUGUCUUGCGCCAAGCCGAGGACUCUUGAGGUUUCACUCGACCACUUUGGAGGAGGGAUUGAGUCUCGAGAAGCAGGUUGUGCUAGCCCGGGAAGCCCUGUUAGGGGAGUCCUCGGAAAUCGUCGAUGAGACCGCUAAAAUUCCCAUGCGGGGACAUCUCAAUGCCAGUUCUUACAGCUUGAGCUCGUUAUUCAGUGUUGGAUCUGCCUCAUCGAGGGCUGGCAGUGCCAGGUGGGGGCGUGGAGGUAAAGGACCUGUCUGGCAGGCUCCUGGGUGUGUUCAAGCACUCUAUGAUCUUCUCCUCGGUCCCUUCGAGGAUCUUUUACCGCCUGUCCGGAAAGAAUUGAUUCUCGUUGUGGAGAAGGCACUGUACCUGGCUCCACUGCCUGCCUUGCAGUCCGGACCUGGGGAGGAUUAUCUUUGCGAGAGAUUCUCUCUGUUGAUUGUUCCCUCGUUGGCUGUUCUCAGGAAGAGGGCGAAGAUACCGAUGCCUGAGGGUGGGGCCACUGUGGCUGCACUCGUUGUCGGAAAUCCUCUCCUGCCAGAAGACGUCAGGGAGGAGAAUGGAUGGCCAGAGAGUGCUAGCUCGGCUGAGACUGAGGCUGGAAUUGUCGCAGAGCUACUGGAAACUCGACCGCUGACUGGGGCUGAAGCGACAAAAUCCGCAGUUUAUCGUUCACUUCCGGAUGCUGAAUGCGUUCACUUGACGACUCCAGUACUCUGGGGAUCGCCCUCCCUCGCCCUGACCCCAGACCAGAGCGAGGACUCUUCAGAGCCCCCUGAGUACUUGAUAUCAUCAUCUGACAUCGCGAGAUUAAGACUGACAGCACGUUUAGUCGUACUCUCCAGUGGACACUGCUGGAGCAACGAUGACGCGUCGAAUGUUACCCCUGAUGGGGUUCAGACUAUGGCGAAGAGCCUUCUCAAUGCUGGGGUGCAGUGUGUCCUGGUGGCCAUGUGGCCUGUGCCAUCGACUGCCGGGAGUAUUUUACUCAGAGCUUUUUAUAGUGCUCUUCUACAGGGGGCACGGGCCUCCAGGGCUCUUGCCGAGGCUAUGCAGACUGUCCAGCAUACGAGACACUUUGCACAUCCAGCUAAUUGGGCUGGGUGGCUACUCAUCGGUGGAGAUGCUCGAUUAUCGAAUAAAGUUGCAUUGAUGGGUCAAGCACUGGCAGAGCUCCUGAGGAGUGGUCCGGAUCAGUCCCGCGAUGCCCUGAGAGUGACUCUCCAUCUGGUAGAAAAAUCCCUCCAGCGAAUUCAUCGGGGCCAAAAGAACGCGAUGUACACCACCCAGAGGAGUAUCGAGAACAAGGUUGGGCCUGCGACAGGGUGGAAGGAGCUUCUGAUGUCUGUCGGAUUUAGAUUCGAACCUGCAGGUAACGGGAUCCCCUCCUCGGUGUUUUUCCCUCAGAGUGAUCCCGAGGAGAGGCUCACCAGGUGCAGUGCGAGUUUACAGGCUUUGCUGGGACUGGGACCAGCCUCUCUUCAUGCUCUAGUUCGACUUCUUCAGGCACCAGAAGUCGCUGAAGAUGUCAUCACUGCAAUGCGAAAAGCAGGAAGUGCAACAGAAGGUCAAGAAGUGUCUCUUCCAGUUCGAGUUUGGAGAGCCUCAGGGUCUCACGAGUUGUUCGCAAGUUUGGGUAUGGACUUGAUGGAAGUUGGACAGUCAGAGGUGACCUUGAGAACUGGAAAACAGGCAUCGAGGAGGGCAGUGCAAUUUGCACUUCAAGCUUUACUUGCUUUAUUCGAUACGCAAGAGGCGCCGAAGAGCCUCAGCCUCGACUCAAGCAGUUCAAUGGAGAGUUUAGCAUCUGUCCAGCAGCCAGAAAAAAAUGGCCUCCUGGAGCGUCCAAGAUUGGGUGGUGCAUUUGCUUCGUACGUCAGACAUCGUGGGGAGCCUGAUGGCAAGACAACUGAACCACCUUGUGUCCCAAUGGCACGUCAAUCUUAUCCAAAUGAAGGAGGAGAGUCAGAUGCAGCAUUCACUCCAAGUCCACCAGUGGCCUUGACCCUGAACCAUCAAGCGCGAAUAAGAAGUUUAUACCAGGAUCAGGCAGUUCGUCCAGACUCCAGUUCCAGUAGUUCAGUGACAGACUGGGAAAAUGGCCACAAUACAGUUCUGAGAAGGCAACCACUGCCCCCAAUUCCUCCAACAGUCCUGGAGCGUCUCAGUGUACGAACAGAGUUGGGUUCGAGUGCCACGAGGAAAUUGAGACACCCAGGAAGUAAUGAGGAGCUCAAUCAAGCUGACUCCACCACUGGAAGCGAUGGAAUGCCACAGAUGAGGAAUUUGGGGAGUUCUCUGACGGGAUUAACCAGAGAACUCACUCCAACCAUCUCUGAUGUUUAUCAUGAGCGCAAUUUGGGGCUUGGGCUGGCCCCAUCACUCUCUAAAUUACUCGAGGAGGUUGGCAAUGUCACGGAGAGCGAGCAGAGGCAACUCUCGAGAUCUGACACGAGUCAGACACAGAAUUGGCUUCAAAAUGAGCCGGAAUUGUGCAGAAGGGAUGAGGCUGAUGGGCGAUCCAUUGCUGAGAGUCAAUGCAGUGCUACUAGCUCUAACAAAAUUCAUCGGAAAGCACCGCCACCGCCUGUUUGAUACCCCAAUUUUUUCCAUGAUAUUUCAUCGAUUGAAUCGAUCGAAUUAAGUGGUGAAAAUUCACGAUUCGCAAUAUCAUAAAAUUCUCGUAGUAUUUGACGAAUAUCUCAAAAAGUAAGAUUUCGUCAUUAUUUCGCCACUGGGGAAAGGGAGCGAUCUGGAUACUUAAUAAUUGUUCUUUUCAUAUAUCCCUAACUCAGAAAUGAAUCCUCUAACCUGUCCAUUUUGUCUCGCCAUCCCUUUUCCCGUUAUCGUCAUUUAAUUGUUCAAAUAAAUUAUUCAAUCUUGAGAACUCAAAAAAAUAGAAAAGGGAACGAAAACUAUUCUAGAUAAAAAUCGUUGAGAAACGGCGAAAGAAUGUGUAUCCGUCCGAUUUAAACGAUAAAAAAUCGAAAAUUGAUUAGUCGUUGGU